AAAAUGGAGGAGCCAAUGUGUCUGAUUGAUACGGAGCGUGACGGGCGCCUGAGUGUCCAGCAGGGGGCACUGCAGGUCCUGGAGCAGAUCCAGCAGCCGGUGGUGGUGGUGUCUGUGGUGGGGCUCUACCGCACGGGGAAGUCCUACCUCAUGAACCGACUGGCUGAGAAGCAAAGAGGAUUCAAGCAAUGCUGCUUUGCUCUGGGCAGCACCAUUGAGUCCAAGACCAAAGGCAUCUGGAUGUGGUGUGUGCCUCAUCCCAAGAAAGAUGGACACACCCUGGUGCUGCUGGACACAGAGGGUCUGGGACAGGGGCGGAGUGGUGAUGAGAAACAUGACACAUGGAUCUUCUGUCUGGCUGUUCUACUCAGCAGCACUCUGGUCUACAACAGCAUGAGCACCAUUGAUAACACAGCCUUGGAGACAAACGAAGCCUCGUGCAAGGGAUUUGUGGGGAACGAGAGCGUUGUUCUGUUGAAAUUUGCGAAAGAAGUGGCAGUGGCAGAAGAUGGCAGUUGCCCCCCGUGCUGA